GGCCUUCCCUUUGUUCCUUUCCGGUUAUUAAUAACUAGAUUAUUUCAAGGGUAUCAGGAGCACUGUGGCUCGGUAGUGGAUGUGCAGCUCCAGGAGACACAGUUGUAUGUUUGUAAGAGUGUUGCAUCAGGCCCCGCUGGCGUGGCUUAGUGAUUGAGCAUCGACCUAUGAACCCGGAGGUCAAGGUUCGAUUCCUGGUUAGGGCACAUGACUGGGCACUUGUGGGCAAGUGUUGCAUCAGAACCACAUGCCACUUCAUUCUCCUUCAAACUGUGGAACCUCUGGAGUAUUACAGGAGAUUUUUGAAAGAGAACUGCCGUCCUGAUGGAAGAGAACUUGGUGAAUUCAGAACCACAACUGUCAACAUAGGUUCAGUUAGUACUGCAGAUGGUUCUGCUCUAGUGAAGCUGGGAAAUACUGCAGUCAUUUGUGGAAUUAAAGCGGAAUUUGCAGCACCACCACCAGAUGCCCCUGAUAAAGGAUAUGUUGUUCCUAAUGUGGAUCUACCACCUCUGUGUUCGUCGAGAUUUCGGUCUGGACCUCCUGGAGAAGAGGCCCAAGUAGCUAGCCAGUUCAUUGCAGAUGUCAUUGAAAAUUCACAGAUAAUUCUGAAAGAGGACUUAUGCAUUUCUCCAGGGAAGCUUGCUUGGGUUCUAUACUGUGAUCUCAUUUGCCUUGACUAUGAUGGAAAUAUUUUGGAUGCCUGUACAUGUGCUUUGUUGGCAGCUUUAAAAAAUGUACAGUUGCCUGAAGUUACUAUAAAUGAAGAAACUGCUUUAGCAGAAGUUAAUUUAAAGAAGAAACGUUAUUUGAACAUUAGAACUCAUCCAGUUGCUACCUCCUUUGCGGUGUUUGAUGACACUCUGCUCAUAGUGGACCCUACUGGAGAGGAGGAACAUCUGGCAACUGGAACCCUAACAGUAGUAAUGGACGAGGAAGGCAAGCUAUGUUGUCUUCACAAACCAGGUGGAAGUGGGCUGACUGGAGCUAAACUUCAGGACUGUCUGAGCCGAGCAGUUACAAGGCACAAAGAAAUAAAAAAACUGAUGGAUGAAGUAAUUAAGAGUAUGAAAGCCAAAUAACUACGUUUUCAAAACAUAUUUGUAAAAACUGUAUUUAUUACACUGUGCACAAAUCUUUCAUACUAAAUAAAUAUCAAACUACAUUUU